AUUAUCUGGUGCUCGUCGAUACGGAAGAUAGGAAUAAGGAGUUGGGCAGGGGCUAGUAACAGGGCGUGUGAUCGAAGAUUCGUCGGAGGAUGUCAAGAAGGGCGUGUUUUUUCCUUUUUAGUCGAUUCAAACGCCCUUUUCUUCUCCACUUAGCGUCGAAAGUGCGAAGUAUUGGCCAGAGAGUCAUUUGUCUUCUCAUCCUGCUACCCGCAAGGAGUUCUUCCCGCGUAGGGUAGCUCUCGAUGCUACUUUCGACGCAAUUUUACGUAGUUCCCUCUCCCUUCCGCCCCCCCCCACCACCCCUUAUAUUCCCGAGGUCGCGUACUGAAGAAAUCUGGUUGCGCUAUUCCGACAUCUACUGUUUAUGCUGAUCGUGAUAAACUGUCUGCUUCGGGAAGCCGAGGGGUAAUCAGUGUGAUACAAUUGUAGCUUUGAGUCGUCUCAACUUCUAUCGCAAGGAGUCUGGUUGCGCUAUCCCGACAUCAACUAUCUGCUUGAGGAAGCCGAGGGGUAAUCAGUAGUCGUUCAGGGGACUACUUUCGUUCAGGGGUCUACUUUCGAGGCCCCUCUAAGAUCGGCAUUUUGGCUUCGGUGCAGCAGAGGCAUUCAUCUGAUCGUUGCGCUUACCAUUCGAGAGGAAGUAUCUGUCAUUUUGUUGGUGACCCGCCAUAACGCGUACGAGAGAAGCGCUUUAGUGACGUGGCAGAUCAGGCGCGUAGUCAGAACGGGCAAAACAGGCUCUAGAUAGAUCAGGCGCACGGCAGUGUGGUCAGCGGAGGAAUCAGCCUCCCAUCGGCAGCCAUGGCCGCACGCUACAGACCCCACGAAACGGCAGCGGAAAUGAAGGUUCUUCAGAAACCGCCGGCCGCACUCUCGGCAGCGUUGCUGUUGUCACUGGUGCUCCUUCUCGGCCAAUCUGUUCCUGCCACGUGUCAGCAAUGUAGAAUCGACCAAGGAAGUUGGGUGUAUCAUGGGGCUUACGAGCCUGCUUAUAACGGGUACACGUGCAAGAGCAUCCGGUCCUACUACAACUGCCAGCGCAACGGGAGGAAGGACACUGGGUACCUAAAGUACGCGUGGCGGAGCCCUGGCUGCGAUAUAAGAAGAUUCAAUCCCGCUAGACUGCUCCCCCUUAUGCGCCAUAAGGUGUUCAUGUUCGUCGGCGACUCAUUCGCCAACAACCUCGAGAUCUCCAUGCGCUGCCUGCUGGAGACGAGGGCUGCUACUAAGGACUUGAGGGGCAAGUUUGCGCGCACUGGGAUUCGAACCCGGGGCUUCACUAUCCCCCAGUUCAACAUCACCUUCCUCAGAACGGCCUCCAACUUCCUAGUCCGGUCCAGCCCUGUGGGCACUGCCUCCAGUGCAGCAGCGUGGAGGGUGCAUCUGGACAGGCCUGAUCCAGCCUGGGCUGCGCUGCUGCCAUACACCCACUACGUUAUCUUCAGUGCCGGGCACUGGUUUAUCAAUGCUCCUUCCGACCUUCGCCUCUACUACCGCAAGAAGAAGCAACUCCCCCCGUUCCCACGCCCCUACGCUCCCCUCUACGACGCACACUCAACCAUCCGAAAGUACUUAGUUAAGAGCCGGUACUCAGGGCUGCCGAUGGUGAUGACGUUCUCGGCUUAUCACUAUAACAACGCGUUCUCCAGCGGGGAUAGUGCCAAGAGCUGCCUGGAUAUGAGGGGCGAGGUGAUGAACCGGACGCGGAUGCUGUGGGCGGAGAGGAACACAGAGACACUGGCAGCAAGAGACGCUCAAGUGAAGGCCUUUAGGUCCUUCCCCCAAUUCAAGAUUGUAGACAUUGCGAGGUCCUCCCUCGCCCGACCCGAUGCCCAUCAAGGGCAGUAUACAGGCACUGAACGCCCUGACUGCUCGCACUGGUGUGUGCCAGGUGUACCUGAUUCAUGGUCCGAUAUCGUUUACUCCUAUAUGGUCGGUGUUCUCUAAGGGCGCAUUCCUACAGCCUCGCGUCAGACUAACCUCGCGUUAGAGGCGAGGUUCCCUGUAUUGGCUGCCUCGUGUCAGACCAUGCAGCACGCGCUUGCGAAUCGUUGUUUUUGAGAAAAAAGUACAUGCGACCAACAAGAAGAGAUUA